AGCCGCGCCCGCCCGCCCCUUACCGCAGCGGCGCGGCCCCAUUUCGCGAUGCUGCCCCGGGCCGCAGCCGCCUCGGCGGGGCCUGGGCGCCGCCCGCCGCCGCCCGCCGGCAUCGAGGAGGAGGAGUCGCCACCGGGCCGGGCGAUGGCGAGCGGCGCCGCCGAGAGCGUCCCGCCGCGGGCCGAGGCGGCGGGGCCGCAGGCGGAGGCCGCGGAAGAGCCCGAGGGCGGCAGCCGGCGCUGGGGCGCGCAGCACGCCGGGGCCCGCGAGCUGGCCGAGCUCUACUCCCCAGGAAAGAGACUACAAGAAUGGAUCUCUGUCAUCUUAUGCUUCUCUCUGAUCUGUUUCAAUUUUUACAAUCUUCUCUUCUACUUGCGACUGGAACACACACCCUCUGUUAUUGUUGGGAUAUUUGCAGGAGUCGUUACGGCCGACUUUCUAUCAGGAUUAUUCCACUGGGGAGCGGACACCUGGGGGUCUGUGGAGCUACCCAUAGUUGGAAAGGCUUUCAUCAGACCCUUUAGAGAACAUCACAUUGACCCCACAGCGAUUACCAGACACGAUUUUAUAGAGACCAAUGGAGACAACUGCUUUAUGACACUCGUCCCGUUGGCAAACAUGGCAUACAAAUUCAUUUCUUUUUCCCCAGAAGCGUUGUGCGAAUCAUGUCCUUGGGAGUGUUACGUCUUUGCCCUCAUCAUCUUCAUAACCAUGACGAACCAGAUUCACAAGUGGUCUCACACGUACUUCGGUCUUCCCCGCUGGGUCGUGUUUCUCCAGGACUGGCACAUCAUCCUGCCGCGGAAGCACCACAGGAUCCAUCACGUGUCCCCACACGAGACCUAUUUCUGCAUUACAACCGGUUGGCUGAACUAUCCGUUAGAGAAGAUAAGAUUCUGGAGGUGUUUGGAGAACAUUAUUCAAGGAGUUACUGGGGAGAAGCCCAGAGCGGAUGACAUGAAAUGGGCUCAGAAAGUCAAAUAACUGUUGCCAGCCUUCUGCAAUCCUUCAAUUGUUGCCAAUGUUGUUUUUUUUUUAAAAAAAAAAAAAAAUCAAGCCAUCAGCCAAAUUCAAGACCUGCAAAGAAAUAACAGACUCUAAAGCACAACUAAGAAGUGCUAACACAGACUGUAAUGAAAGAACUAAUUCUUUAAACAAUACUUGAAAUGAAGAUGAUUACUCUUACUGAGCACCUUUUCGUUUAGCCAUGUCUGCUUACAUCGUAGGGAAUACUUCAUCACUGUAUCUCGUCAGGCACCUGGCAGGACAGUCACUCCAUUGGUAUGUGGUGGCGUGGUAAACAUGUGUUGUAUCAACAUUAUCUAACGCUUCAAAAAGAGCUUGUUGCCUAAACCCAUAGGGGAAUGGUGACAGCAGUUGGUCACUUCAUGUUUGAGUCCAAACACACCGCAUGAAAGCAGUGUCAGAGUAAUGGAAGCCUAUAGAAUCAUCACUGUUCAAUGCACUUAGUGAUUGAUAAACUCGCAGUUUCAUCUUCGCUAUCAUGUUAAAUCAAAUUGAUGUCAUGUGGAACAGACCUCGAGAAUCCCGCUCCACCAGUGGGCCAUGAAUCCUCAAGUGUCUUCAGUUUCCCUUAAAAUAAAACCGCUCUGCUCUCUACGUGGAAUUGAGCAAACCGUUUCUGCAUAAGCCUUCAACCUGACGAGCCUCCGAGGAGACGGCACCCAAUACAACACACGCUCGCGUUUGUCACGUGGAGAGCUCACUGAUGAGUCUUCUAUUGACUGUUCUGUACCCUGACAAUAAUGUUUAAAAUAGCUGUAGCAUUGGGCACAUAGCAAAUAGCUGUAUUCAAGAGCUCAAGGUAUCAAACUUGUCAUAUUAGAAGGGAAAGGUCAAUGACUGGUGUUUUGUUCUUUUUUUUGUUUGUUUUUAAGGUGCUUGCUUGUUUCUGUAAAUAAUAUAAAGCCUUAAUCUCUUCUGGUGUAAUGGAAUAAUAUUUUAAUGUGAUGUUUGAAUGUAUAUAAUAUAUUUAUAACAAAGCA